AAAAAAAAAGAAAAAUCCUCCAUAAUGGUAACGGUUAAAAAGACAGUUACCGGGUAUUGGCGGUAACGUAGCGGAGACCAAAAAGAAAAACGGAGCGGAGCUGCCGAGGGCACGAGGGAAGAAGAAAUGACAGCAGCGACGGUGACGCCGCCGUGCGGAAUUCAUGUGUUUGGCUCUACUUCUUUCAAUCUUCCUAGGUUGGUCACGGGCUCGCCUCACCGGUUUAGAAAUUGCGCCUUUUGGACUGAGAAGAGGAACAAGUACAAACUCUCAUCGAGAACAUCCUCUUCUCCCAUCGCGGCGGCUUUGCCUUUUGACCUCUCACCCCCUCCCAUCGAUCACGACUUCUUAGAUACAGUGACAGUUGCGGGGGCAAAGGUAUCUGAGGAUGGGAUUAUUGAAACAUUUGAUAAUGAUGAGGAAGCAUUAGAUGCAUUUGACAAUGGGGUUGUGGUUGUGGAUCUCUCACAUUUUGGGCGACUAAGAGUCAGUGGAGAUGAUCGCAUUCAGUUUCUUCACAACCAAAGUACUGCAGAUUUUGAAUGCCUCCAAGAAGGACAGGGAUGUGACACGGUUUUUGUUACACCAACAGCAAGGACAAUAGAUAUUGCUCAUGCAUGGAUGAUGAGAAAUGCAAUUCUUUUGGUCGUUUCACCAAUGACCUGUCAAUACAUCACUGAAAUGCUGAAUAAGUAUGUGCAUCAGUCUUCUUGUCUUUGAUUCAUUUGGGUACGCAUCUUUGGUGUUUCAUUAUAAAUAUCAUUUUGCAUACAAGUAUGCUCGCACUUUCGUCCUGGAUGGCUUUGUCAAAGGAAUCAAAGUCUUCCCUCUCAGGGAAUGUGUCCCAGCAUUUAGAGGGUCACAAGUCACAACAUUAUAUCCGACUACAUAACCUUUACAUGCUAUUAGCUGCUAUCAGGAGAGAGGAAUGCUACUCAGAGAGGAGACAGAUUUUUGUUAACUAUUCUUAGUUGCUUUGCUUCUUAUGGUCCAACAAAAAACAAACUAAACUGAUUAUAUUUGAAAUUUGAUUAAUGUAGUAAAUGCACAAAUCUUACAUUAUUUUCAGUUAAGUUGAGCUGAAUUGCCCAUUUUAAAUGCUGGAGAGCUCCUGAACUUACUAAACUAUCAAAAGAGAAGAAAAGGAGAAAAAUGAAAAAAGGAGAAAAAUGAAGUAAAUAAUUUUUAACAUGCUUGCUUAUGGUACCCAGCCAUUCCCUGUAGGUACAUUUUUUUCGCUGACAAGGUAGAGAUCCAAGACAUUACCAAGCAGACUUGCUUUUUCGCCCUUGCAGGUCCAAAAAGCAACCAAGUGCUGGAUAAUUUGAAUCUUAGUGAUCUUAUUGGGCAACCAUACGGCACAAAUCGACAUUAUAGUGUGAAUGGUACACCUAUAACAGUUGGGGUUGGAAGCAUCAUUUCUGAAGAGGGUUUUUCAUUGUUGAUGUCACCUGCCAUUGCUGGAUCACUUUGGAAAACACUUCUAUCUCAAGGUGCCAUUCCAAUGGGUUCCAAUGCUUGGGAAAAACUAAGGGUUACUCAAG